AUGGAGGUUAGACAUCGAACUAUUUAUAACAAAGAAAAACACGACUCGGACACGUUUGUUGAGAAAAUAAGGAAGAUCGAUACUUUUGAAAAAUUACCUCAGGAAUGUAUCAACUAUACAAGUAGCGGUGGUGGAGCUUCAAUUAUUACUUUUCUGAUUAUUUUCAUGCUUAUAAUCGCCGAGCUCAAUCGAUUUACCAAUCCGGAAGUUAAUUUUCAUUAUUUAGUUGAUGAUUCGAUUGAAGGGGAACUGCCAAUUAAUAUUGAUAUGACAGUCGCAAUGAAGUGUUCGGAAGUAUCAAUUGAUGUUGUCGAUCUAAAUGGCAAUGGUCUCGGGUCUACUAGUCAUUUGAAAGUUAUUAAUAGCAAAUUUGAGCUAGCCCCUGAAAGAAAAAAAAGAUUCAACGCAAGACGAGAACAAAUGAACUUUCUUCGAGAACAGCAUCAUACUUUGUAUCAAUACUUUUGGAGCUCUCAGAUAGACAACGAAGAAUUUGACCUUCAACCAAUUCACCAUUAUCGCGAAGAUGAAGUCUCUGAAAGUAAAGCUGAUGCCUGUCGCUUCGUUGGAACAUUUAUGGCUAGGAAAUCACCGGGAAAUUUGCACAUCACUACUGGGAAACCUCUGAAACUGAAUUCGAAUGUGCACAUUCAUAUUGCUCCCUUGAGCUCUAAUGGAGUAAGAAACUUUUCCCAUCGCAUUCAUCAUUUGUCCUUCGGUUCGCCUCUUCCCAAUUUUAUUCAUCCUCUUGAUGCCGAGGAGAUCAUUUAUAAUGAUCCUUCUGCUGUCGUUCUUUUAGCCACACUUAUGUACCAGUACUUCAUAGAGGUGAUACCGACGACAUUCAGGACUAGUUUAACAGAAACCAAGACCUACCAGUACGCUGUCACUGAACAGGCGCGCUCGAUUAGCCAAAACAAUCAAGGCCAAGGUGUUCCUGGCAUUUUCUUUCGGUACGACACCUUUCCAGUUCGAGUUGAAGUGGAAGCUCUGGCGGGAGGCGGGGGAAGUGGUUCCAUAGUCCGACUUCUUUUACGUCUUUCAGCCAUUGUGGGGGGCGUGUUUGCCACUGGAAAUCUUAUCUGCCUCCUAUUGCGAGCUGUUAUCGCCUUUUGUUGGUCACUUCGAGAUGGCUUUAGCCCGCGAUCAGCCACUCCUGGACUUGAAGCGUCUGCUCCUCUUAUCCCUGAAUUCGAAGGGUUUUGA